AUGCCACCACCAGAGCAAAGGGCUUCAACGCCCACCUCUUCGCGAUCAGCCGCGAAAUCUCCACGUGUGCUUGCAUGUGUGCUGUGCCAGCAGCGCAAGGUCAGAUGCGACCGCAAGUUCCCCUGCGCCAGCUGCAUUCGGGCCGGCGCGCAGUGUGUGCCCACUCUGGCCCCGCGGCCGCGGCGUCGCAGGUUCCCCGAACGAGAGCUUUUGGAGCGCCUUCGGAAGUAUGAGGAUUUGCUGCGCCAACAUAAUAUACCCUUUGAGCCUUUGCAUGCCCCUGCUGGAGAAGACAGCAGGACCCCGGAGUUUGUAGAACAUGCUCGUUCUGAAGAGCGUACUGUUGGGGAAGAGGGACAGUCAAAGGAGAGCAUGACUGUCAAGGCUGAGCCAGUAUACGCGGCUAAGUUGUGGCUCCCGCAGCAAUGCAUAGCCUAUCCGAUUUGCACUAACAGUUGUUUAGGAAUUACUGGAAAGCUGAACUAUGCUUACAGUGGACGUCAGUCACAAGAUGCUGAGGAUGUCGAUUUUGAUGAUAACAGUGAGGAUGAUCCCAGUCACUCGCAGGACACUUUGGGAGGGACUGCCGUGAGAAAGAUGUUUGAUCAGGCAUACAAGAACAACCACCAGAAUUUCAUAUUUGGAUCACAUGAAGCCAAUGUAGAUCUAUCGACUUUGCAUCCUGAUCAAGUCCAGAUUUUCAAGCUCUGGCAGAUUUACUUGGACAAUGUCGACCCUUUGCUCAAAGUCACACAUACCCCGACUCUCCAAGCACGCAUAUUUGAUGCUCUUAGUGAUCUGGCUCGUAUAAGCCCGGAACUGGAAGCGCUCCUUUUCAGUUUGUACAGCGUCGCUAUCAUGAGUCUCGAUGACGAACGAAGCUCGUUCGGGUCUCCGAGGAAAGAACUUUUGCAAGGAUAUCAGUUUGGAUGUCAGCAAGCCUUGCUUAAUUGUGAUGUGUUACGCACCGGGGAUCGCGAGUGCUUAACUGCUUUGUUGCUCUAUCUGGUGUCUAUGAGGUCUGAAACAGAUCCGAGAUCUCUGUCUUCGGUGCUUGGAGUUGCCAUUCGAAUCGCUCAACGCAUGAGCAUCAAUGACGAAAGGACAAAUGCAAGAUACUGCCCACUCGAGCGCGAGAUGCGCCGGAGGUUAUGGUGGUCGCUGAUAAUGUUUGACAACCGCAUUGGCGAGAUGUCGGAUCACAAAACUUCAAUGUUGAUACCAACUUGGGAUUGUAGAAGCCCGCUCAAUGUGACCGAUAAUGAUCUGCAACCGGAGAUGAAGGACUCGCCAGCUGCUUAUGCGAGCCCGACUGAAGCAUUGUUUAUAUCUGCGCGCAGUGAACUGGGGGACUUUCUGCGACACAGCGCCUUUCACCUGGAUUAUAUCAACCCAUCUUUGAAGGCGGUCGCCAGAGACACGAAAGGUGAUGGCAUGACUGACAUAGAAAGGAAGAUAGAGGACAAAUAUCUCCGACUCUGCAAUCCAGAUAAUCCCCUUCACUACAUGACGAUCUGGACGAUACGUGGCUUCCUUGCAAAACACCUUCUGCUUGAACUCUACUCGAAAUUCUCGCCCACGAAGCAAUCAGAAACGCAGCGCAACACCGCCAGCUCCUACGCAAUACGAAUCCUCAAGUCUGAUACUAUGUUGAUGAGAUCCCCCCAUACAAAACGGUACCGCUGGCACGUUCACAUGCACUUCCCAUUCCCUGCAUAUCUACAUGCCAUCCAAGAUCUGAAGAAGCGGCCCAUGCAAGCGCAUGCUCGUGAAAUGUGGAAGACCAUGAGCGAAAACGCGGAGUUACGUUUCAAAGAUAUGCAUAAAUUCCCCCCAGUCUUUGAGAAUGUCGCGCGAAAUGUCCUUCAGGCCUGGGAGGCGCAUCAAGCAGCAUUGGGGGAACAUGGAAAGUCGAUAGCGCCACCAUGGAUUGUGCAGGAUGUUAGAACCAAGUUGAACAAUCUGCAUUCAGACUCGGGAAAUUGCAACGCAGAGCAGCCGAAUGACACGGAGGGGACCACUUCACUCUCCAUGCCCACGGAGCAUGAUAUUCCUAAUUUGCUAUCUGGCAUGGAAGGAUUUGGCAGCGUAGCUUGUGGGCUUGGUGGAUAUUCGGACAUAUUUGAACAGGCCGUCAUGGAUGUUGACGCGGAUCAGUCAGGUUGGCCCACGAUGAACUUCUACCCGAUGUGGUAG